CUCUAGUUCUUGACGCGUUCUGACACGGACGCGGUUUUCGACCAGAGCAUUGAAUUGUGUGUGUUGUUUGUUAAUUCGCUUCGUUCUGUGGCCAAUUUUAUUGGGCCAGGUGCGAAAUCAGUUUUGUGCGGUGUCGGCCAAAAAAGAAAAAGAGUCGCAAACAGCCGCAUUAGCAUAAUUGCAUGCCGCCUUCUGCAUACGUGUGUGUGUGUGUUGGUUUGUUUGAAAGCAUCAGCAGAAAAGGCGGCAAAGAAAGAAGCAGAGAGGCGAAGCGGAGCCGAGAAAACAAAAACAAAAAAACUGCAACGGCAAACAUAAUUAUUUCGCAAUGCAUUUAACGUAAAGUUGCUCCAAAAACACCGACACUCGGCCAAAAACGCAUACAACUACGAAUCGGCACUUCAUUUUGCAUGCUUUUUUUGCCGUUUUCAUCAGGAAUUGACUGCAAUACAGACAAACUUGUUUAACUUGACCAGACGUUGGAACGAUUAUACGCCUUUUGUGCGCGCGACGCAAUUAUCUGACAGCACUUGAAAGUAUGCUACACAAAUUAGUUUCAACUUGUUACUGCAACAACAACAACCAAAACAACGGCAACCAUCCCACGCAAUUUAUUAUAUAGGCUGCGUAGCAAGCAAGAGCGAGAAAGCAACACGGCAACAGAACAACAACAAGAAAUCAGGAAACCAGAAAGCGAACUGGAUUAUAUAGGAAAUUCUACAACAAAAUAUAACAACAAAGAAGCAAAGCUGUUACUUCUAAAGGUAAACGGAGCCACUGACGGCACUUACAGCACAAAGAUGGCGUCCUCACCGACACCAUCUCUGGACUCGAUGCGCGGCGGGGCGAACUCGAUUGAAUCGUAUGAACACGCCGGCUAUCUAUCAGACUCUCCGCUCACGUUGAGCGGUUCAUCGCCUCCGGCCAGCGAUUCUGCAAUUUGCAGUGAUGAGUACACGGGCGGCAGCAGCGUAAAGUCACGCUCUGAGGUGACGGUUAUCAAUGGCCAUCAUCCCAUUUCGGCCUCCGUCUCGUCCAGCUCUUCGGCCAGCUCGUCCUCCUGCUCGUCGUCAUCGUCCUCAUCCUCGUCUUCGUCAUCGUCCAGCUCCUCGACCAGCGGCCUCAGCGGUUGCGGCAGUACCAGUAGCAGUGUGAUCAGCGCCAACAAUGUUGCUAGCAGCAAUGGACCAGGCGUUAUCGGCAGUAAUCUUCAGUCCUCAAACAAUGGCGGCAACUCGGGCAUCAGCAGUCUGGUCGUGGGAGCCGGCAAGGGAAGCAGCAGCAACAGCUCUCCGAGCAACACAUCCACCAAUGGAUCUCCGCCACGUUGCACCGCCUGCAAGAGCAAGUGCAGCGACGCGGUGGCCAAGUGUUUCGAUUGCCAGAGCUAUUUGUGCGCCAAUUGUGUAACUGCUCAUGAGUUUAUGCACUGCUUUAACGGACACAAUGUGUGCCUGAUUAAGGGUUUUGAAGCGAGCACCACUGGCACUCCACUGUCCGUUGGAUCGCCCAGCAACAAUCCGGCAUCAAAUGAGUUUAAGUACGCUAGUUCGCUGACCAUGAUGCUGCAGCAGCAGCAGCAACAGCUUGACUCGCAACAACAGCAACAGCAGCAGCAACAAUUGCUGCCGGCGCAGCCCAUGUCGCAACUCUCGAAGAUUGUACUGGCAGCCGCCGCACAGGCGAAUUCCCAGGAACAACAGCGCGAGGAUAGUAUCUAUGGUUCACUGCACCCACAACAACAACAGCAGCAACAGCAGCAGAGACAACUCUUCUGCCCCCGACACAAACAGGAGCUGCUCAAGUUCAGUUGCCGCACCUGCUGCAUCCUGGUGUGCAAGGAGUGCAUUGUAUUGGAGCACUCCACAGGUCUCCACGAACUGGAGAACGUGCAGUCACCCGGAAUGGCAACCACUUCGGGAUCCUCGGCCAACGAGACAGCUUUGCAGACUUUACUCGCCGAUAUGCGUGGCAAAAUUGGCGAGAUUGUCGGCAUUGCUGGAAAUUCGGACCAGACUCUCACGAAGGUGAAGCUGCAGUACCAAAAGGCGCACAACGAGCUGAACGAGACGCACCAGUUCUUCGCAUCAAUGCUGGAUGAGCGCAAGACAGAACUGCUUAAGGAACUGGAAACGCUGUACACCGCCAAGGUUAACAGCAACAAUUCGUGGCAGCAACGCUCCCGCGACUUGAUCGAUAAGGGACUGGCCACCUGUGAGGCGGUAGAGCGGAGUCCUGCUCCGCCAUCAUCCUUGCUGGCAGAGGCCCUUCUUCUGCGCAAAUCCCUGGAACAGCAACUACAGACGGGCAUUCAGGAGAUGCAGCUACCCUUCGAGAUAGAGUUUAUGUCCAACUAUCAGUCGAUUCAGGCCGGCGUGCGCAACACAUUUGGAUACAUUCGAGCAAACAGCUCAGACGGUGGACCUACUGGCAUGAGCCUGACGAGCAAUGGCCAUGGAAAGCAGCCGCCAAUCGCCCGGCCAACACAGAGCGCCAGCAAUAGCAGUGCCAGCAGUGCGGGAAGUGGUCACCAUGGCCACCACCAACAGUCACACCAUCAUGGCCACCACAAUCAUCACCAGACGGCCCAUCAUCAACAGCUGCAGGCGCAAUCGUCCCUGCAUGGCUUGGGUCUUGGAUUGAGUGGCGCCAGCUUGUUGGAUAGCAGCUCUAGUGCAGGUGGAGCAGUGGGUGCCUUUAGCAACGGAGGACUUCUGCUGACCGGUCGCGAUCGCAACGCCCUGGCAGUGGAACAGCAUUUCGGCGAGCUAAUGCCUAAGCGGGGUGGCGGUGGCUACACCGGCAGCAAUGGAUCCGCAGCCAGUGCCGUGGCCCACUACAAUCCCUACGAAAAGUGGAGCAACGGCGGAAGCGACAACCUCUUUUCAUCGGUGACAAGCGGCGUGUCUGGUAGCUCUGCAGUGGCCGAUGCCUUUGCCAGUCUGUCUGCUGUUGGAGGAUCCGUGGUUAGUGGCGCUGGAGCCGGCGGAAGUACCGUGAGUUCAGAAUCGCUGCUGGACCUUACCAACAAACUGCUUUCGGCCACUAUCUAUCCGCCCAAGUCGCAGAUCAAGCGCCAGAAGAUGAUUUACCAUUGCAAGUUUGGAGAAUUCGGCGUGAUGGAGGGCCAGUUCACAGAGCCUAGUGGUGUGGCGGUAAAUGCUCAAAAUGACAUCAUUGUUGCGGAUACAAACAACCACCGCAUUCAGAUCUUCGACAAGGAGGGACGCUUUAAGUUCCAGUUUGGGGAGUGCGGCAAGCGUGACUCGCAGCUGCUGUAUCCGAACCGCGUUGCCGUGGUACGCAAUUCCGGCGAUAUUAUUGUUACCGAGCGCUCGCCCACGCACCAGAUCCAGAUCUACAACCAGUACGGUCAGUUUGUGAGGAAGUUCGGGGCCACUAUUCUGCAGCAUCCUCGCGGCGUGACCGUGGACAACAAGGGACGAAUAAUUGUGGUGGAGUGCAAGGUGAUGCGUGUGAUCAUCUUUGAUCAGAACGGCAAUGUGCUGCACAAGUUCGGUUGCUCUAAGCACCUUGAAUUCCCCAACGGCGUGGUGGUCAACGACAAGCAGGAGAUCUUCAUCAGCGACAAUCGGGCGCACUGCGUCAAGGUGUUCAACUACGAGGGCCAGUAUCUGCGGCAGAUUGGCGGCGAAGGGAUAACGAACUACCCAAUUGGCGUCGGGAUCAACUCGAACGGGGAGAUCCUCAUCGCGGACAACCACAACAACUUCAACCUGACGAUCUUCACGCAGGACGGGCAGCUGAUUUCGGCGCUCGAGUCAAAGGUGAAGCACGCCCAGUGCUUCGAUGUGGCGCUCAUGGACGACGGAAGUGUGGUGCUGGCCAGCAAGGACUAUCGGCUCUACAUAUAUCGCUAUGUCCAACUGGCACCAGUGGGUAUGUAAACACACAGACACACACUCCAUGGAUGUGAGUCCGGAAAGGAGGAGGAUCUGUGGUCCGGCUCUCACUACUUCUAUAGGCUAAGUUCUCAAUAGUCUGACUUGCGCGGUCUCUCCAGCUCUAAUUCUAAAUCUACACAAUCGAAGUUGAAAUCGAAAUCUAUAAGCCCCUAUCUCCCCCAAUCUGUCAUCUCUCAUAGCCUUAGACUUUGCUCGCUAUGUAAUAACACACACGCACACUGUUGGAAUGAUUUUUAUUAUCUUUUAAAUUAUUGUUGAAUUUUGUUUUAUUUUUUUAUAUAUAUUUACACUGUUAAGCUUAGUUUUUAUUUUGUGCGUACUUGUUUAUGAUAAAUAUAUAUAUUGUGUAUUCAUGUUCAUGUUCAAAUCGGAUAGUGCCGCCGCCUCUAUAUCUUUGCACACUUCUCACUUCACCCUCCUAUCUCGCGUGCAAGUCGUCUCUUAUUCGUUUUGGCUGUCGAUUAGAAGCGCACCAAACAAAAGCAAGCAAAAACACCAGAAACAAACAAAAGAAAUGACACUUUUAACUAUAUGAAUACCAGCAAAAAUCCCUCCACUUUUUUAUGUUCGUUGCCGACUGCAAGCAAAAAAAAAGAAAAAAAAAAAAAAAAAAAAAAAGAAGUUGAUUUAAUAUAAACUUAACAAAUAACCGCUUAUGAAAUGUCAAAAAGAAAUGGAGCCGCGUAUCGAGCAUUAAUUAAUUAAUAAUUGAUUGUAAUUCUUAGAUAUAUGAUUGCGCAAAUUGUUUGUUAUUAUUAUUUUUGAUUGCAUAAACAUUUGAUCCAUUAUAUAUUAUAUAACUGUUUUUUACGUUUAUAAAUUAUUUUUGAUUAUACCACUUAUUGAUUACUGAUUAUUUAUAUGUAUACAUUAAUUAAUUACCUUCUAAGACAUGUUUGCUACUUCUUUACGAAAUCAACCCAACCCGAUCCGCGACACAAACAACAAUUCACAAUUUUUAUACUCGCUUAGAAUUUAUGUUUUUCAUUGUUUUAUUGUACCCAUGACAGAGGAAAAAAAAGAUGGAAUACCCCUAAUAAUAAUGCAGACAAAACCCAUUUCCGUUUCUUUAAUUUAAACAAAAACAACUAAACGCACUGAAAAUAGUUGAAAUUUUUGUUCUUGAUUGUUGAACUAUUUUUUGUUUAGGCAUUUAUUUUUUUUUAAAUAAUUGUAUUUGUUCGAAAGAAACACGGACGAAUUUGUUGUUUUGCCCCAAACUAUAUAACUAUAUUAUACAAAAAAAAUUAUUUGUUGUCAAAUUGAAUUUAAAUAAACAUUGAAAUGUGUAUAUCAAACAAAAUAAGGCGAUAUUUAUGUACACCAAGCAAAUGUUUUUCAAGCUCUACCCCUCCUCCCUCGCAGUUAGUGGCUACUUGGAGUGCGAAAUCGAAUUAUCUUAAGGGUGUGCAUAGAUCUAAUUGAGUAUUUAAAAGUAACAUUUAACUAAAAGUUGGCAAUCAGCGCAGAAGACUUGAAACAUUUAUAACUAUUAUAAUUAUACAAUUAAAUAUGUCUAUUAAUAUACGAUACACACUUAAAUCAGUAAAUCAAAAAUCUCAAAUAAUUUAAUAGUUAUAAAGAAGAAACCGCGAAUAGGGAAUACCCAGCCAAGCCAGACCAAUUGCUUAUUUAUGUUUUCUUCCUUGACAGUAGUAGGGACUAAAUACGAAAGCCACACAGUGCGCAACAAUCGGGAUCUAAUAGGUUGUUCAGACAUUCGAAGGACAUUCACGUAUCCUUGCUCUGUUACGCACUGUAUGUACAUGGACUCUUACUUGCAAUGAUUUAGUUAAAGCAUUUACUUGGAUAGGAAUAUAGGCAUAGGCCUCGAAUGAUUGCAGAGCUAACAAGUGUUCUUUAGGGGUUAGUUAAAAGGAAGUUAGGUCGUUAGAUAUUUAAAGUGAAUAUACUAUUAAGGCAAGGAAAAACAACUUUUUGAGACUACAAACGCAACAUUAACAGGAACAGCAUUUAAAAAAUGUUUAUUUUGUAAUUUUAAAAGUAAUCAAUAUGUAUUUUUGUUGGUUUUGCUUGGAACGCGAACCCCACACCUUAAACCCAUGUCGUCCCCAUUGACACGCCCACACAUAAGCAGGUAUUAGAUUUCUUGAGUAUAAUUUAACAUUAUUGUAUUAAACACGUAGUAUUUAACUAAAAUAGUUUCCCGUUCUCUUGUUUGUUUUGAAAAAACGCUUUGCUCUGUGUAAUUUCUGAUUUGCAUGACCUAUCAUUUGAAUUAUUUGAUAAUUACUUAUGUUUUGUGUGUAUUUACUUAAGUGAGAUUAUUAAAUAUACGAAAAUAUAUUUUUUUUAGUUCUUUCUUGUUGUAUUCUUAAUUGACUUUAAUUGACCUAUUGUAUUGAAGAUAAUGUAUCGAUGUAAUGGUAGCUGUAAUAACGAUGAAGGGUUUAAACAUAGUAUUGUACGUUUUUUGUGUGAGGAACACUUUUUACUUGACAGCCAAAAAAAAGUAAACUAAAAAAAUACACAAAAACUGUUGAAAUUUUUUUAUAUAAAAAUUGUUGAAAAUAAAACUUAAACUAAAACUGAAACACAUAAGAUACUGCAAAUUGAUGGUAAUUAUUACGGCCUAAUGCGUACUAUUUAAAUGUAUUUAUUAUUAGCAUUUUAGCGUGCACAAGCAGUUUCUGAAAAAGAAGUUUUAUUUGUAUUUUGUGCUUGCAUAACUUUGUUUUUAUGUUUAUCAACUAUUAUUAUUAUUACAUUUUUAAAUGUUAUACAACAAACGAACUACAAACACACAACAUGGGACACAACACACAUGAUUACGACUAUUUUAAUUAUAACAAACUAUAAACAAUAGACAGCAUACAUCUGCUCCACGAAAAUGUUGUAAAAGCCCACACAAAACACAACCCAACAAAUGCCACAAAAACCAACUGAAAAACCAUUAAAGAUUUUAUACUUAUUCUGACAAAAAGAA